AGCUCAGCUACAGCCUCCACAGUCAGCGCUCAGAAAUGGCUCAGGGGCGGGGCGGGUCUCUGCCUGGUUCUUAUAGGUAGUGAGGAAUCCUCACCCAGGAGGUGUUAGCCCAGGGCCAGCCUCCUCAGAGACGACACCCGGAGCCUCAUCUCUCUCCUCACCCUGCUUGGACUCUGCCACAGGUUCCUGGGGGCCAUUUGGGCUUUAGGGGAACCUGAACUAGGCUUUGGUCCAAUAGGAUGCCCCCGUGCCCUCCCCAGCAAAGCAGGAACAGGGUGACACGGCUGCCUACUCUGGAGCUGGGCGAGAUGGAACUGACUUGGCAAGAGAUCAUGUCCAUCACUGAGCUGCAGGGCCUAAAUGCUCCAAGUGAGCCAUCAUUUGAGCCCCCAGCCCCAGCCCCAUACCCUGGGCCCCCACCACUCGCAACUUACUGCCCCUGCUCAGUUCAUCCUGAUGCUGGCUUCCACCUUCCUCCACCACCCUAUGAGCUCCCAGCACCCACAUCCCAUGUUUCAGACCCCCCAUACUCCUAUGGCAACAUGGCUAUACCAGUCUCCAAGCCUCUGACCCUGUCAGGCCUCCUCAGUGAGCCCAUCUCAGACCCCUUGGCCCUCCUGGACAUUGGCCUGCCUGCAGGGACACCUAAGCCCCAAGAAGACCCAGAAUCAGACUCAGGAUUAUCCCUCAACUAUAGUGAUGCUGAAUCUCUUGAGCUGGAGGGAACAGAGGUUGGACGGCGACGUAGUGAGUACAUAGAGAUGUACCCAUUGGAGUACCCCUGUUCACUUAUGCCCAACUCCUUGGCCCAUCCCAACUAUUCCUUGCCACCUACUGAGACCCCCUUGGCCUUAGAGCCGUCCUCAGGUCCUGUGCGGGCUAAGCCCAGUACACGCGGGGAGUCAGGGAGUCGGGAUGAACGCCGGGCCCUGGCCAUGAAGAUCCCCUUUCCCACGGAUAAGAUUGUCAACUUGCCGGUAGACGACUUUAAUGAGCUGUUGGCACGGUACCCACUGACGGAGAGCCAGCUGGCACUAGUCAGGGACAUCCGACGGCGGGGCAAGAACAAGGUAGCCGCCCAGAACUGCCGCAAGAGAAAGCUGGAGACCAUCGUGCAGCUAGAGCGGGAACUGGAGCGGCUGGGCAGUGAGCGGGAGCGGCUUCUCCAGGCCCGCGGGGAGGCAGACCGGACCCUGGAGGCCAUGCGCCAACAGCUGACGGAGCUGUACCGGGACAUUUUCCUGCACUUGCGGGAUGGAGCAGGCAACACCUACUCCCCUGAGGAGUAUGCACUGCAACAGGCUGCUGAUGGGGCCAUUUUCUUGGUGCCCCGGGGGACCAAGGUGGAGGCCACAGACUGAUGUGACCCAGAGGGGUGGGACUGGUAAUGGGGAAUUCUUUCACUCCCUUGUGAUAAAGGUACUCCCCAACCCUGAGCUCAGAAGAAAACGGAAUUCUCUAGACCAGAGUGAACAACCAUGGGGACACUUGGUGUUUAGAGACUCUAGGUUGUGUUCACCUUGAGGCGAGUUUGUGAGCAGAAGCUGGAAAAGUUUUCUGUGGCUCAGCUUCCCAGGUCUCCGACCUCCAGAUCUUGUCUAGCAGGUGGUCUAUAAAGUGCUCUACAGAAA